UGAAAUCCUAUACAGAAGUGACUCAGUAGACCACGAUCCUAUCACCAUGAAGAAAAGUGGUGUUUCUCUCCUCUUGGGUAUCAUCUUUCUGUUUCUGACUGGAGUUCAAGGAACUCUAAUAAUGAAGAAUGGACGCUGUUCCUGCAUCGACGCUAGCCAAGAGACAAUCCAUCAGCAAUCUUUGAAAGAUCUUAAACAAUUUGCUCCAAGCCCUUCCUGUGAGAAAACUGAAAUCAUUGCUACAAUGAAGAAUGGGGAUCAAACAUGUCUAAACCCAGAUUCAACAUAUGUGAAGAAAUUGAUGAAAGAUUGGGAGAAACAGCUCAGCCAAAAGAAAAAGCAAAAGAAAGGGAAAAAACAUCAAAAAAUCAAGAAAGUUCUAAAAGUCAAAAAAUCUCAACAUCCUCGUCAAAAGAAGUCUACCUAAGAGGCCACUUUACCAACAAGUAUUCUGCGUUGAAAACGUUUUUUUUUUUAGUUGUAAAAAAAUAACCCCAAAAGGGGAAGGUGUCUUAAUACAUAAGCUUGUUAAUUUUACUAGAAGUUAGAACAUCAUUAAGAAAUUAUAACUAAAGCUAGAAAGUUGCUUUUAAAAUCCAAAUAUUAAGAAUUGUAGAGCCUAUAAUUUGUCAUUGUUUUUCUCCUGAAUUUUAUCAUGCUUAAGACCACAAUCAUAGUAACACCCACACCUGGACAAAUGCCCAUACACCCGCAUCCCACAUACAACAGCUGCUAGGAGAGCAGCCUUAAGCUUCCUGAGUCAGUAACUGCAGCCUCUAGAGAGUAUUCUGAAGCACAUGUCAGCAAGCCUUAAGCUUGUCAGCAUGCAGGUGGGCCAGGCAGCUUGGAAUUGAGCUGGAUCUCACCCAGCUGCCAUGGCUGCCAGCUCUGUAUUUGAAUCAGUUUAUGAGCCUCCCACACAAUGUAUCUGGGAGAUCUGCCUUGUUUGUUUCUGGGGACUACCAUGGAAGAUCACUAGUGCUUGUCUUUCAGAACCUUCUGUCUGACUUUUGAGGUCCUCCUUAAUGUGACUACAUCUUGCCUGCCCAGGCUGACCACUUUAUUUCGUACUGUUCCCCUUUGCUUCAGUCAAAUCAGUUCUUCACCAUCAUACCACAAUUCAAAGUCUGCCUCCUCUCCGCUACAUAUCAUACUCUCUCACCCACCUGGAGUUGCUCCUUUCUCACCCUUUCCCCAGCACCCCACAGGAAAUGCUUUCUUUUCCCCACUCAUUCUCACUUGAUCAAGUCUUCAAGGCUCAGUUCAGGUCCUGCCUCUUAAAUAAAACCUUUCUGGACAUUUGAAUUAUCUUAAAACCCCUAUUUCAAUUGUUUUCAGUACCACAUGGGGAGAAUUUAAUUGUUAGCUAAUUAAUUUUUGUGUGUUUAUUCUGUCUGUCCAACCAGAUUGCAAGCACCUUGAGGGCAGGGGCCACACUAUAUUUCCAUGAAUCUGCCACAAUGCCUAAUAUAUUGUGGAGCUAGGUUUUGAUUAAUUUCUUAAAUGCAGUCAUUACAGGUAGGAGGACAACGAGACCAUCUCCUCAGAGCAGGGGUUAGUCAUUUACUGGCUACUCCAUAUUGUCUAACCUGUGAUAACCUCUUUUACUCAUUAUUUUCAGGCCACUGUCACUGCAGGGGUAGGGGGUGAUGCAACUUCCCCAUCCUACAAUAACAGGAUAUUAACUUGGCCUCUCCAAUAAUAAGAAGCACAUGUUUCAAACACUUGUGCAUAUUCUGGGAUAUUUUCUUAAAAUAUACAAGACACCUAAAAUCACAGCAUUUUACCAUGGGAAAGGGCUUUGGAGAUCAUCUGGUGUCCAACCUUUCCCCGCCCAAUACAAAAUUUCCUUCAGUACCAUUCCUGACAAGCCUCUGCUUCAUGUGAUCUGAUAAGAUAGUUACCAAGAUCCUUGUGAAAAUUCAUUUUAGGAAAAUAAUGAAUUUCACUGUCAGUUUAACUUGUUUCCGAGUUUGUAAAGUAUGGAGAUUAUCAAUUACCAUACCAGUUCUCAAGAAGAAAGGGAGCAGCAAAACACCAGAAGCUGGAGGAAGCAGCAAUCCCGCUAGUGGAAGCAUGUUUGGUGCCCAAUAAACCCCUGCAGGGCUUGGAAACCCCUGAGGAUUCAGUGAAUUGUGUAGGAGAGGAUGUCUUUAGCUAGAAUUUACGCCUCUACUUAUGUUCUCAAAUUUUGUCACUCCUCACACUGCAGAUGAUUUUGAGUGCUACCCGGUGGUAAUUCCACCCAAGAAACCCCUUAUCUAAUUAUGAAACUCUUCAGUUCUUUUUGUGUAACUCCUGAAAAAUCUAAAUGUUCCACAAUUUGAGAGUCUGCAACCCAGUUACCAUACAAAUCACAGGUAAAGUGGACAUUGUGUAACUGAUAACCAAAGACCACAUAUUUUUAUUAAAUAUCUAUUAUAAAUAUAUAUACACACACAUUAUAAUCAUUCAUCAUGUAUGUAUACAUCUAUAUCCUCUAAGAAAAUAAUUGAGUUCAAAGAAACACUGACGUUUAUACCUUGUACUCUGAAAUACUUUCUUUGUUAAAAGACAUUGGUAUC